AUGUCGCUCAUCUCAGGGAAACACGACGUCAACGUUAUCAGCUCAGAAGCCUUGUAUCAUGUCGGCGUUGCCUUGAAACAGGCAACGACAGUGAAUCUGUGUGGGCUCUUGUUGCUCCUCAUUGUUGCUGCCGUUGUCAUUGUCGAUCGCACUGAUAUUCCGCACAUCAAGUCCCUUCCUUGUAUUCCAGGGAUUCCGUUGUUUGGCAGCUUGUUUCAACUGGGGAAGUGUCAUCCUGUAAAAUAUCAAGAGCUAUCUCGAAAGUAUGGGCCUGUGUACCAGGUCAGAUUGGGCAACAAAAGAUUUGUCGUGGCAAAUACCUUUGACUCAAUAAGGAAACUUUGGGUUCAAAACCAGUCAGCUUUAACCUCUCGACCUACGCUGCAUACCUUCCACAAUGUCCUCUCCAGCUCGCAAGGCUUCACGAUCGGGACAUCGCCAUGGGACGAAUCCUGCAAACGAAGGCGGAAGGCUGCAGCUUCGGCAGUCAAUCGGACGGCGUUGAAUUCAUACAACCCGUACAUUGAUCUCGAGUCAUCUGCCAGCAUCAAAGAACUGGCGAGCAUUGCAUCGAAGGAUGGACAUCGGGUUGACGUGGACCCAUAUCCUUUUUUUCAACGCCUGGCACUCAACAUGAGUCUUACAAUUUGCUAUGGAUUCCGCCUCAAUACCAAGGUCGACGAUCACCUGCUGAAGGAAAUUAUCGAAGUGGAACGUGGAAUCAGUACGAUUAGGAGCACCAGCAACAAUUGGCAAGAUUUCAUUCCGUUCAUGAAAUGGAUCUCGACGAGGACUCAGACGGCGAGCGACCUUAAAGACAGACGCGACGUGUACAUGGAGUCAUUGCUGCAGAGACUGAAGCAAAAGAUGGCAGCGGGGACAGACCGACCAUGUAUUUUGGGAAAUCUGUUGAAGGAUCCCGAAUACAAGCUGAAUCGUGCUGAGGUGAAAUCGCUCUGCAUUAGCAUGGUCGCUGGUGGUCUGGACACCACUCCUGCCUGUCUUCUGCUAGGUAUUGCCUCGUUGUCAUCGCCAGAGGGUCAGAAAAUCCAAGAGAAGCUCUAUCAGGAAAUCGUCCAACACUAUCCCGACGGUGGCGCGUGGAACCAAUGUCUCAAGGAGGAAAAGUUGACUUACAUGACCGCCUUCUGUAAGGAGGUUCUUCGUUUCUGGACCGUCAUGCCUACAAGCCUGCCGAGAGUCAACACCAAAGAGAUUAUCUGGGAAGAUGCAGUCAUACCAGCUGGAACAACUUUUCUCAUGAAUGCAUAUGCUGCCAACUUCGACGCCACCCACUUUGACUCGCCGAUGAACUUCUCUCCUGAACGAUACUUAGAUCUUCCCGAAGGAUCGGGAACGGAUCAUUAUGCGUAUGGAGCCGGCUCUCGCAUGUGCGUCGGCUCACACCUUGCGAAUAAGGAGCUGUAUAUCGUCUUCACACGACUGGUUAGCGCCUUCAUGAUCAUACCGCCGGUAGAUCCAACAGAUCAACCGAUUCUGAGUGGGCCUAUGGAUUGCAACAAGAACCCCACAGGUCUGUCUGUCGAACCAAUGCCGUUCAAAUUGGGCCUGAAGAUCCGCGACGAGUAUCAACUCGAUCAGUGGCUCCAGGAGAGCUACGUGGCGACGUCGCAUUUGGAAGAAUAG